UGCUCGCGCGGUGUGUGUUGGAUCGUACUGAGCGUAGUGACGGUACUUUUAGGACAAAAAUAGAAAUGGAAUCUUCAAGAAAGACCCUCUUCACCUGCAUGGUGGCGUGUGCCGUGGUGACCCUCGCGAGGGCGGCCAACGAAUACCUCCCCCCACAAAAGGGGUACAACUACGAACCCCCGAACAUACCCUUCCCUACUGACAACAAUGGGAACAAGGCUCCCGGUCCGUUCAGGCCUCCGCCCCCGACACGCGGGCCCGCGUACGUGCCCCCUCCCCCGCCGAACAACCCCCCGCCAUCUCAUGAUCACUCCCAUGACGAACAUCAUCACCACGAGCCCGGCAUGCCCUUCGACUUCGCUUACUCCGUAAACGAAGAUGGCAACGACUACAGUCACAACGCCGUUUCCGACGGUGACGUCACUCGGGGAGAGUACAGAGUGGCGCUGCCUGAUGGCCGUACGCAGAUCGUGAAGUAUACUGCUGACUGGAAGAACGGAUUCAACGCUGAGGUGUCAUACGAAGGUGAAGCCCGGUACCCCGACCAGCCGUCCGGUUACCCGUCCGGCAACGCGGCCGGUGCCGGUCCUGGCCAGCAGUACGUGCCCCCUAGCCAAGGAGGCGGUUACCAGUAUUAAGUGUAGAUGUACCUUUAGCCGUUCAUGGCGAGAAUAGACAACUUAUCGGAUUGUAAAUUUACCUUAACAAAUAAAAAAAAAACUGUUAAUGUUUCCGUCAAUGUCUGACUUUGUCGCUCACUAUAGAUUUACUGUGACAAACCUGUGACAGCGAUAAAAUGGCUUGUCGGACCUUGUGCCAGUUUAUCUGUGAACUAACUCGGAACAAUCAUUAUAUCCUCUAGCAAAAAUACCAAUUAGGACAAUCAAGUAACAUGUGAAGCAUUUUACCGAUACCAACAUGCUAUUUUAUGAUAAGUCGUCUAUUCUUGAAUUUGAAUACAAAAUUAUGGUACGGUGUGUUUUAUACAGAAUUGACAGAGGUGAUAUUUAGAAGUAAAGUUCUCUGAUUCUCUAAAAACAAUUUUGAUAAGAUUUUUUGAUUCUAUUAAAAUGAUUCGAACAUCAUUCUUGUGAUCUAAGUAUGCCUGAUGAUAAGAAGUAAUAUCAACUUUUCAAUUUUUUUAUGAAUGAUAUAAUCGCGUCAAUUCGACGAUAUCAUAAUCGUGUCGUGUAAAAACCUAUUUUAACGUUAAAAAAAACUGUCAAGAGAAUUCGCGCCAAAAUUAUAAUAUAUGUGCUUGUUUUAAUUUAAAAACAAAAGUUACCAUUUCUAGUUUAAAUAGAUAGAAUAUUUAAAUUGUAGUUACCAUUUUCAGAUUUAAAAUGUUGACGCAUUUUUAUUUUAUGUUUUGUUAUCUGAAAUCAUUUUUAUGUUAUGUUUUAAAAUACAAAAUUAUUAUGUACAACGUAGACGUUAAGUAUUAUUUCUAUUUUUAAAAUACUCAUAACACUGCCGUAGCUACUGUAGCUAUAUUUAUUUGUAAUGUAAAAUAAAUACAAAAUUGAUUAGUUGGAAAUAGAUACCUUUUGUACCUAAUUUUUAUAA